AUGGAGGAACUGGCCCGGGAGAGCAUCAGCCUGCUGGCCCGGUCGGCAUCUUUAGCCGAUCCCCCGAGGCUCGGCUCGUUCGGAGCGGUGUUCAUCAUGCUGAAGUCCGCGCUGGGAGCCGGACUGCUCAACUUCCCCUGGGCCUUUGGGAAGGCUGGGGGUGUGAACACUGCCAUCACUGUGGAGCUGGUGUCUCUGGUAUUCCUCAUCAGCGGCCUGGUCAUCCUGGGUUAUGCGUCGUCCAUCAGCAGACAGAAGACCUAUCAGGAUGUAGUGAGGGAGGUGUGUGGACGAGCUGUGGGACAGCUCUGUGAAGUCUGUUUUUGCUUUAACCUCUUCAUGAUAAGCGUCGCCUUCCUGGUGGUGGUGCAAGACCAACUGGAAAAACUGUGUAUUUCUUUGUACGAGACUGUGACCGGAUCAAGUGAGGCAGACAUGCCUUAUCACUGGUACACUGACCAACGCUUUGCCCUCUUCAUCAUGUGUCUUCUCAUCAUCCUGCCUCUGUCCAUCCCAAAAGAAAUCGGCAUACAGAAAUACACAAGUGUAUUAGGGACGCUUGCUGCUACGUAUCUCUGUGUUGCCGUCGUUGUCAAGCAUUAUCUAAUGGACAGCCACAGGAUUAUUUACCCAGAGCAAAGCAGAGGAGUCAGUACCUGGACCUCCAUGUUUAGUGUGGUACCAACCAUUUGCUUUGGCUUCCAGUGCCAUGAAGCCUGUAUAGCAAUCUACAGCAGUAUGGAGAACCAGAAGCUCCUCCACUGGGCGGCCAUCUCUGUGCUCUCCAUGUUUUUCUGCUUGCUCACUUACACUCUGACUGGUGUGUAUGGCUUCUUGACCUUUGGGCAAGGUGUAGCCUCAGAUAUUCUGAUGUCAUAUCCUGGAAAUGAUGUGGUGAUGAUCAUCUCCAGGCUGCUUUUUGGAGUAUCGAUCAUCACGAUAUAUCCCAUUAUUCUUCUGCUGGGGAGAUCUGUGAUCCUGAACCUGGUGCUACGACUUCAAAGAAAUCGCCGGGGGGUCGUCACUCAUUCGUUUGAGAGUCGCUGCAGAGUCGUUCUGACUAUGGCCUGGAUCUCCUUCACGCUUCUGAUCGCCAUGUUUGUCCCAGACAUGGCCGACGUCAUCAGCGUCAUUGGAGGAAUCAGUGCCUUCUUCAUCUUCAUCUUCCCUGGUCUUUGCUUAGUGUUCACAAUGCAAACUGAAGAUGUCUCUCCAAGACUCCGGGACAUUUUAACCAUCUGGGGCGUUGUAACAAUCGUGGUUGGAGCUUUCAUCUUUGGACAGAGCACCACCAUUGCUGUGAUGGAGAUUUUCCACAAGUUCAAAGCUUAAGAAAGCAGGUCCUCUACAGCAGAACCUCACCUCUUCUGUCGAACUGGACAUUGGAUUUCCAUGUCUGUCUUUUACUUGUACACAUAAAUGUACAUUUUGUCUUCUUGAGCAGAACAUAUGUUAAUAGAAUAUGUUUGUGUGCUGUGCAAUUUUCAGUUUAAAUGGAUUUUAUUUUAAGCAGAACAUGUUUGUGUAAUAAGUCUGUAUAUAUAUUUGAUUAUGGUUAAGCAUGUUUGCAGCAGAAGUAUACAGAUGAUCUGUCUUUUUGAGUAUUCAUGUAUUCUUACUGAACCUUGCCAGGGGGCGCUAUUGCACCAUUUAUAAAUGACUGAACUGUAUUUUUUCCCCCCCACUUCACAUCAUGUAUGAAAUUGUUUAUUGUCGAUUUAGGCAAUAUUUUGUCCCUUUUCUGCUCAUCUCUGUGACGAUUUGCUUGAGUGAAAUGAGAAGUAUGCUUUAAACCUUAUUUCUUUCAGGG